AUGAAUAACAUAAUCUUAAAAACACUUAAAUUCUUAAAUAGAAUCUUUUCUUAUUUAAAUGGUAAAACAAAUACCUUAAUCAAUAAGAGAAAUUACACUGAUAGUAUUAAGAUCUCGGAAAUUGAGUAUAAUACUAAUGGAAGAUUUUACAAAUUUUAUUUAACCAAUGAACAUUUAUUAGAACACAAAGAAGCUCUAAAAGGUCUUUACAGCUCUUUAAUGAAUAAUGAUAAAUUUAGAGAUUUCGGCUUUUACAAAAUUAUAAUCAUUACAGCAAUAGUUAACAGCAGUGAAUAUAACUUCCACCAUAAUGUUUUAAUUACUAACAACACAUCUUUCGAAGAUUAUUACAAUGAAGUUAAGGAUGUGAUUAACAGUCAUUAUGGAAAAAGGGAAGGUGUUUACUUAUCAAGAGGUGUGCCUUUAUUCAAAGUUUUCGUUUGGAAUAUGGAUAGCUAUAGAAAUAAGCACAUUAAACUAACUAAAUCCGCAGUUAAAGGUAAAGUAAAUUUACCUUAUUCCAAAACUCUUAAUUCUUUUGCCUUAAGACAAACAAGAGGCUUUCAUUCAAAAAGUUUAAAAUCUGGCUUUCCCCUUGUAAAAAAUAAGUCUCUUUUUAUAAGAUUUUUCAAUAAUUUUAUUAAACCUAUUAAACCGUCUAAUUUCGAUUCAAUUUUAAAAGGUUUUGCAACCAUGGAUAUUGAAACCAUGGACUAUCAAAAUAAACAAGUUACAGUUUCAAUUUCCACAGCUUACUACCACGCAGGUUUAAAAUCUAAAAUAUUCUUAUUAGAUUACAAUUUAUUUAAAAGUGAUUCUAAUAUGGCUAUAAAUAAACUGUGGUGCGACUAUUUUAAUUUUAUUAAAGAAAAUAUUCACCUUUUUGACACAGUAUUUGUUCACAAUUUAGGUUCUUUCGAUGGCUUUUUCUUAUAUAAAGCUUUGUGUAAUAAUUAUUUUAAUCACCCAGAUUCCAUUUCUACUAUUAUCGAUGAUAAAAAUAAAUUUAUUCAAGUUAGUUUAAAAAUUAAUCCUAAACAAACAAUGGUUUGGAAGGAUUCUUACAGAAUUUUCCCUGUUUCCUUAAAAGAACUUUGUAAAGUAUUUAAAGUAGAUGGAAAGUUUUCAGAUUACAACCCUUUAUUUAACAAUUUUAACCUUUUUAAAGAUUCAAAGUUAUUAGAGGUGUUUACACAAUAUAGCUUACAAGAUUCAAUUUCACUUUUUAAAGCUUUAGAUAAAGCUCAACACAUCUAUUUCGGUGAUUAUUCUGUAGAUAUUUCAACAAUUUUAUCAACUUCUUCUUUAUCUUUGAAAAUUUUUAGACAGAAUUUUUUAAAAAAAGAAAUCCCUGUUUUAAAGGACUCUGAAGAUAAUUUUAUCAGAAGAGGUUAUUUUGGUGGUGCUACAGAUGUCUACAAAUGUUAUGGUAGCUACUUACACUAUUACGAUGUUAACUCUUUAUAUCCUUUUGCCAUGUUAAACGAAAUGCCUUUAGAAAUGAUUAAACAUCAUAAAGAUAUGAGUGAUGUAAAAUUAGAAGAUUUUUUCGGCUUUUGCUUAGCAGAAAUUUCUUGUCCAAACCAUUUAAAAAUUCCACUAUUACCCUAUAAAAAGGAUGGUGGUACCAUAUUCCCAACUGGAAAUUGGAUUGGGGUUUAUUUUAGCGAAGAACUAAAAGAAGUUGUAAAACAUGGUUAUAAAGUGACACUAAUUAGGGGAUACGAGUUUAGCAAAGCUAAUUUGUUUAAUGAUUACAUUCAACACUUUUACAAUAUUAAAAAAUUCUCUUCCGGCCCUGAAAGAUUCAUAGCCAAAAUGCAUUUAAAUCAAUUAUAUGGUGUUUUCGGUAGACGAAAAGACAGCCUUCAAACUAAACUAAUUCUAAAUAGUGAAGUGGGUCCCCACUUAGCUAAAUAUAUAGUAAAGAGUAUAAUUGAAAUAAAUGAGUAUGCUUCAGUGUUAUUAAUUAAAAACAAUGUUAAUUCUAAGAUUAUUCAAAAAUUGAAUGCUUUCUUUGAAACUGAUUUUAUUCAUCCUUCGCCUAGCAUUUCUUUAUUUAAAGUUUUUGUUUGAAAUAAAGAGAAUCUCAAAAAGAAAAAAAUAAAAAGAACUAAAACCAUUAUAAAAAAAAAGUUUUUCUCUCCUGUUCCGUUCCUGUAA